AUGUCGCUGCUGCUGCGCCGCCCGCCCGGCCGUGAGGCCUUCCCCGGCGACGUGUUCUACCUGCACUCGCGCCUGCUGGAGCGCGCGGCCAAGAUGAGCAAGGACAUGGGGGGUGGCAGCCUGACGGCAUUCCCCGUCAUCGAGACGCAGGCCGGUGACGUCAGCGCCUACAUCGCCACCAACGUGAUCUCGAUCACUGACGGCCAGAUCUUCCUCGAGACCGAGCUCUUCUACAAGGGCAUCCGCCCCGCCCUCAACGUCGGCCUGAGUGUGUCGCGCGUGGGCAGUGCCGCGCAGUUCCCCGCGAUGAAGCAGGUGGCGGGCACCCUGAAGCUGGAGCUGGCGCAGUACCGCGAGGUGGCGGCCUUCGCACAGUUCGGGUCCGACCUGGACGCAGCCACGCAGUACGUCCUGGAGCGCGGCGCGCGCCUGACUGAGGUGCUGAAGCAGCGCCAGUUCAACCCCAUGCCCAUUGAGGAGCAGGUGGUGGUGGUGUACGCCGCAACAAAGGGAUACCUGGACAAGGUGUCUACGUCUGACAUCACCGCGGCCGAGGCCGCCAUCCUGAAGCACGUGGACCCCGCCAUCUACAAGGUGCUGCGCGCCAAGCAGAAGAUCACCCCCGAGCUCACCGCCCACCUCCACGCGCAGCUGUCCUCGGUGCCGCUGCCCGGCCAGUGA